AUGGAUUACGCUACUAUAGGUAGAGUGGUUACGCUGUUAUGGAGUAUAUGGCAUAACCAGAAUGAUAAAAUUUGGAAUGAUAAUCUUAGAAGUCCAAACCAAAUUGGUCGGGCUGCGUUUGAUCAUUGGAACAAGUGGUUUGCAGUCCAUAAGUUGCGAAGUAACGAUGAUAAUGAUGUUCCGCUUGUCAACACCAAUCGGUGGGAAAAGCCUCGUAUAGGAUGGUUAAAGUGCAAUGUAGAUGCAGCAUUUUUUGUCGGUGCAAGUAGGACCGCGAUGGGUGCUUGUUUUCGUAAUAAUUCUGGUGAGUUUAUGUCUGGAAUUAUGUAG